AUGGCAGCACUAGAUACACCCUGGAUAGAGCACAUGUCCACUCCUCACAAGUCCACUAACGAUGCGUCGUCUCCGCCGUCUACCGGUGAUCCGAAUCCGCCCACCUAUGCCUCCUUCUCGCCCGCCCAUCUAGGCCAGACAGCGCCCCAGACCAAGCGCCGCUCCGCCAUACUUGUCCACCAGAAAUCCCCAUUGCUUGCUGCUACGCCGCCUCAAAUUACCCGCGUCCUCGCAUAUUCGCAUCCCUUUAUACUCCCGCUGAACAAGUUUGCCGGCCUGGUGACAUGGACGACGGGCGAUCCAUGGGAGAGCUUUCUCCUCGUAGCCGCCUUCUGGGCAGUCGUCAUGUAUGGGGAUGCAGUCACGAGAUAUGCCGGACCCAUCAUCAUAGUCUCGGUUCUGAUACUGGGCAUGUACACGCGCAGGUACUCGCCCCUGUCAUCCACGGGCUGGACUGGCGAAAAGGGCCAGACGGAACACAAACGAGUCGAGUCGGACACCAGCAUCAAGCACCACAAGAGUCUGGAGGAGAUUGUUGAUAGCCUAAAACUCUUUACUUCGCGCUGCAAUAUUCUAUUGGAUCCAUUUUUACGCCUGACAGAUUUCCUUUCUACUCAGAGGACGGCUACAUCGGCUACAACACGACCAGCACUGACUGUGCUGUUUAUCCGCAUUCUCUUCGUACUGCCUCUAUGGAUCGCCCUUACGCUCCCACCCUUCUACAUUCUUACCACGAAGAGAGUCGUACUGGCAAUAGGCACAGUGAUGCUCAGCUGGCAUUCGCGGCCAGCGCGCGUCACGCGCACACUGCUUUGGAGAUCAAAGACGGUCCGAAAAACAUGCGCUUUCCUCACCGGCCUAGACUUUGGCGAGAUAACAUCAGCAAACCAGAAGGGACCACCUCCUCUCCCGCCGCGGAAAAAGAGCACCCAGGAAGUUGCUGCCUCACUAGCUGCUAAGCGCCGACCAGAGUCAACUGGAGUGCGCUUUACUUUUUCCAUUUAUGAGAACCAGCGGAGGUGGCUAGGCAUUGGCUGGACCUCGUCGAUGCUUGCUUAUGAGCGGGCGUCAUGGACGGAUGAGCAUCUCAAUCCUGUGCCACCCAAGGAACAGUUUGAGCUGCCUGAAGUUGAAGGUGGUGGUGCGAGAUGGCGGUGGGUCCAGGGUAGUGAGUGGAAGAUUGAUGGCGCUGCCAAAGAUGGUAAGGUCGAAAAGGGUAUCUCAAAGGAGGAGCUAGGCUGGAUCUACUAUGACAAUAAGUGGAGAGAUGGUCGAAGAGGUCAAGAUGGCUGGGGUCGCUAUACACGCCGUCGCAAAUGGUACCGUGAUGCCGAGCUUGUCGAAUCAACUCCUUCAACAGAGACUACACCCAUACCAACACCUAGGCCUGCUCCAGUCGACAGCUCUGGCGAUUCCGACGCCAACCACCUCCGGAAACUUUCGUCGAAUCUCAGCGUGACAUCAAGCACCGACCCGACGCUCGUCGAGGGCGAUGGACGCGAGUAUGCUGCAUCGGUCGUUUCGGACACGGAUGCUGCGAGCACCAAGAGUAGGAGAAGCUGGUUCAAGAGAAAGAGGAGCAAGAGCAAUUGCGGCAGUGUUAGCGGUGCUACGGCAGUUAGUGAUGCGGGCACCAGCGGAACGAGACGAAGCGACGAGGACGAUGUGCAGAGUCCGCUCGACCGUAUAGUUAGGGAUGAGGAGUGGAGGCUCGGUGACGAUAUCAGGCAACACCUUGAUAUCUGA